UUUGUGUGUGCGUGUGAGUGUCUUUGUUUUUCUGGUAAACAUUUGUUUAUUUGGAUUAAAUUCAAUACUGAUGCAUUCAACAGUUGUAUUAAAAUACCGAAUAUUUUAACAUUGUUAGUUCUUUACAGCACUCUAAUCAUUUGAAGUCAUUUUCAUGACUUGAAAUUUUUGUAGUUUGUUAGGGAGUUCUUGAAAAAAAUUGACAACAACCCUUUUGUUUGUUUAAGUUUAUAAAUAAACUUUUUAUGGAGUUGGGGUUUCUCCUACAAUCAUAUUUCUGUUAAGGUGGGAAAGAACCAAAAUAUUCAUACAAAAGUUGAAUUUUUUUACUUUUUGGAGAAAAAUGAUUUUUUUUAGCUCCACGUUUCCUUUGAUUUGGUGACUAGCUGUUUUUCCAUUGGUUUCUGGUCAAAAUUAGGCUGUGUGCCUCUUCAAUGACCUUAUAUAUUUCUGAUAUAAGUCUUCCAAUUUUUUCCCAUAUCAGAAUUCAAGAUUUUAAUUAGCUCUGAAUUUUCCAUGUUGAUCGAAGUAUGUCAAGACUGAAGACUGAUUAGGCCUUCUACAGCAUGUUUGCUGCAUUCAUUCCAUUUGAUAAGAGGAAGGCCGUUAACGAGCUCUAGCCGUGCCUAUGGGUAGCUGUGUUUCUAAGCCUAACAGGAAGCUGAAAUCAAAGGCGAAACACAUCUAUAGGUCAUGUAAAAUCCGCAGAAAGACAGCUCGCUCAAGUGUCAUAGCGCCUAUAGACCAACCCCCCGAUGACGGUGUCGAUGCAGAUGAAUUCUGUUUCCAUGAAUAUGUUAUGGUCGACAUUACAGAUGGUCGGACAGCAGUCUGCAGAAGGUACGAGGUGCAGAGCCCCGAAUUCCAGUUUCCUGAGGUGGAACUGAGACACAAUCAAGCUGUUGCAGACAGAAUAUCGCGAGAUGAAGUAUGGUUUGAUACUCUAAGCAUUCUUGAUUCUGAUACAGAUGAAGAUUUUGUCAGCGUAGUUGGAGACAGUUUCUCGUCCUCAGACAGUCAUACUGAGAGCAGCAUCAAUGGCUGUAACGAACAAGCUGUGGAAUUUGGUAAACAAAAUACCGACUUUUCUAACUCAGCAAAAGCUGAUGAUGAUGCAUUUGCCACCAGUAAAGUAGGCUUACACCAUUCAGAAGAAACGAACUCGGCUCAGUUUGUUCCAUCAAUGGAUGUUGCUGACAUAAAACAGCCCCCGUAUCACCAAGGAGGGUCGAUAACUAGAACAAGAAAGAAAUCAGCAGUUGCCAUGGUUGCUGUAAGAAGGAAAUCUGAUGAUGGAGAUGCUCCGGCUGGUUUCUGUUCAUCAGAAAAAUAUUUAUACAACCCAAGAGCAGGGCUCCUCAUACCUAAGUCAAUGGGAGAGAAGCCAUCUCGCGGCAGUUGGUGUCGCGUCUCGCCUUCUGCAUUCAAGCUGCGGGGAGAAAACUUUUUCAGAGAUAAAAAGAAGUACCCUGCUGCUGACUACAGUCCUUAUAUACCUAUUGGUGUCGACUUAUUCGCCUGCCCUCGGAAAAUAUAUCAUAUAGCAGAGCACAUUGAACUCCCUAAUACUAAUUCAUACCAUGAAGUGCCUUCACUACUAAUUGUAAACAUACAGCUUCCUACUUAUCCUGCCUCAAUGUUUCUUGGAGAUACUGAUGGGGAAGGGAUGAGCCUUGUUGUUUAUUUCAAAGUGUCCGAGAAUUUCGCCUCCGACACCCCUCCGAAAUUUCUUGACACAUUAAAGAGCUUCAUCAUGAAUGAGAUGGAAACAGUGAAGAGUUUUGCAAAGGAAACCGUGGUUCCUUACAGAGAGAGGCUAAAGAUCAUGGUUAAUCCUGUGAAUCCGGAAGCCCUUGGUUUGAGCUCUGCAGAGAGGAAGCUUCUGCAAGCGUAUAAGGACAAGCCCGUGCUUUCGCGGCCGCAGCAUGCUUUCUACAAGGGGCCGAAUUACCUUGAAAUCGACCUAGAUGUGCAUCGUUUCAGCUAUCUAUCGAGGAAAGGGCUUCAGGCAUUUCGUGAUAGGUUGGAGCAUGGGGUUCUUGAUCUGGGACUGACAAUUCAGGCACAGACACCUGAGGAGCUCCCUGAGAGAGUUCUUUGCUGCGUUCGUCUUAACAGGAUCGAUUUUGUUAACAUUGGAGAGAUGCCUACUCUUGUAACCCGAGACGAUGAGCUGUGAGUUGGGAUAGAUUUGGUGCUUCCAAGAAUGAAGAUUUGAACCUCAAGAAUGAUUUGCAAAACUGAUGCCUUUUGAUGGGGUGGUUCAAUCUGAUGGGUGCAGAAGAGAAAAUAGAAUCAAUAUGAGAUGCUGAUAUCAGUAGAGCUUCAAGUAGCUCAGAUUUUUUUUUCUCUUGCUUCCAGUUUCUGUUCACACCAGAACGACGGAGGGGCUUGAGGCCUGUUACAACGAGACCGAAAACAAAACUCAACUUAUCUUUCCCACAUUGGAGAAGUAAAGUAACAAAUCUUCUUUAUUUUUAUUUUUUUCAAAUGCUGGUGGUUUCACAAAGAAUAUACAAACAACAACUCAAUUUCUGUAACUAAUCUGAAAGUAAUGUGUGUAUCCUAGAUUCUAUGUUUGUGCA